UCACCCCGCCUGCCAUUGCUCUGCGCCGUCGUCAUGAUGCCUUCUCUCCCCAACUUUUCAUACUGGAGUGGAUGUUAGCUGCCAAAUCAUUUACACCAAGCGAGUUUGGUCGUGUGUGUGUGUUUUUUUUUUGUUUUGGUACACGAGCUCGUCAUUUUCUAUGUCUGGAUACCGGAUAGGGCUGCUGAUAUUAACACCGCAGGCACCGACGAUAAGAUAAUGAACUUUGGACUUUUCCGUGCCAUGUUUCCCGGAUAAAGUCAAAUAACACAGCGGGCCGGCGUGGCGGCAGCUGGGCGACAAUUCAACUGGAAGGGAACAUACACUCGGCCAUCAAAACAAAGGCAGCGGGAACGUUUAAGCUGUCACUUUGGAAGUCCAACAGGACAGGGAAAUGUCCUCCAAAGCGUCAAAUAAGAGUGCAGCGAUGGAGGAAACAGUCAUCUGGGAACAGCACACAGUGACCCUUCACAGGGCUCCUGGAUUUGGGUUUGGUAUUGCCAUCUCGGGUGGGCGAGACAACCCACACUUCCAAAGCGGGGAGACCUCCAUUGUAAUAUCUGAUGUUCUAAAAGGAGGUCCAGCUGAGGGAUUGUUGCAUGAAAAUGAUCGCGUGGUCAUGGUCAAUGCCGUUUCCAUGGACAAUGUGGAGCAUGCAUAUGCUGUGCAACAACUACGCAAGAGUGGCAAAAAUGCAAAGAUAACUAUUCGUAGGAAAAGGAAAGUACAGAUCCCUGUUUCUCGGCCUGGAGACCGGGAGACCAUGUCAGAGCAUGAGGAAGAGGACAGUGAUGAGGAGGAAGGCUAUGACCAUCACAGUGGUCGUGUUGCCCAAAGUGUCCCAAGUGGAGGCACGAGCAGUGGAAGACGACGUAACCGUGAACGUAGCAGCAGCGGUAGACGAGAUCACAGUGCCUCACGGGAGCGAAGUGUCUCACCGCGCUCUGAUCGGCGUUCACAAGCUUCUUCUGCUCCUACUAGGCCUUCUAAGGUCACUCUUGUCAAGUCGCGGAAACAUGAAGCAGAAUAUGGACUGCGGUUAGCGAGCCAUAUCUUUGUGAAGGACAUCUCUCCCGAGAGCCUUGCUGCCAGGGAUGGGAAUAUCCAAGAAGGAGAUGUUGUUUUGAAGAUCAAUGGCACAGUUACUGAGAACCUAUCUUUGAUAGAUGCUAAGAAGCUGAUUGAGAGGUCAAAGGGCAAGUUAAAAAUGGUUGUGCAAAGAGAUGACCGUGCCACGCUACUAAACAUUCCAGACUUAGAUGACAGUGUUGGAUCAGCCAAUAACUCUGACAGAGAUGACAUUUCAGAAAUACAUUCAUUGACAUCAGACCAUUCCAAUCCCUCCCAUGGCCGCGGUCGAUCACGCUCACCAGACAAGAAUGAGCCAUCUGAUCAUCUCCGGCUCUCACCUCGGCAGAUCACCAAUGGCAGCCAUCGGAGUCGAGAUGAGGAGCGGUCUAAACCAGGAGCCAUUUCAACAUCAGUCAAAAGUUUGGAUGAUGGGGUCUUGUCUCAGGCUAGUGAUCAAGCCAGCUCCAGGGAUGACAAACAGUUACCUCCACUGCCUGAACCAAAGCCUGUGUAUGCACAGCCUGGCCAGCCUGAUGUGGACCUGCCAGUCAGCCCCUCUGAUGCACCUGUGCCCAGCGCCGCUCAUGAUGACAGUAUCCUCAGACCAAGUAUGAAGCUUGUCAAGUUCAAAAAGGGAGAGAGUGUCGGUCUUCGCCUCGCUGGAGGGAACGACGUUGGGAUUUUUGUAGCGGGAGUUUUGGAGGACAGUCCUGCAGCCAAGGAGGGGCUAGAAGAAGGAGACCAGAUUCUCAGGGUGAACAAUGUGGACUUUGCCAACAUAAUACGGGAGGAAGCAGUGCUAUUUCUGCUUGAUCUCCCGAGAGGAGAGGAAGUUACAAUCCUCGCUCAGAAGAAGAAAGAUGUGUACCGCAGGAUAGUGGAGUCGGACGUUGGCGACUCCUUCUACAUCCGCACACAUUUUGAAUAUGAAAAAGAGUCACCAUACGGAUUAAGCUUUAACAAGGGUGAGGUGUUCCGUGUGGUAGACACUCUCUACAAUGGCAAAUUAGGCUCCUGGCUUGCUAUUCGCAUUGGCAAGAACCAUCAGGAAGUGGAGAGGGGCAUCAUCCCCAACAAGAACAGGGCCGAGCAGCUGUCCAGUGUGCAGUACACCCUCCCCAAAACACCAGGAGGCGAUAGAGCAGAUUUCUGGCGGUUCCGUGGUUUGCGAAGCUCAAAGAGGAAUCUGCGGAAGAGCAGGGAGGACCUUUCAGCACAGCCAGUUCAGACUAAGUUCCCCGCCUAUGAAAGGGUGGUGCUGAGGGAAGCUGGGUUCCUAAGGCCAGUGGUAAUGUUUGGACCAAUAGCAGACGUGGCAAGAGAAAAACUGGCACAAGAAGAGCCUGAUAUCUUUGAAUUGGCAAAAACACAGCAACAACAAGGAGGGGAAAAAAGUGAACCACGGGAUGCUGGAACUGACCAAAAAAGUUCUGGCAUCAUUCGCCUGCACACCAUCAAACAGAUCAUUGACCGGGACAAACAUGCGGUGCUGGACAUUACCCCAAAUGCAGUGGACCGUUUGAACUACGCCCAGUGGUAUCCAAUUGUGGUGUUCCUCAACCCUGACACAAAGCAAGGCGUCAAGAACAUGAGGACCAGACUCUGCCCCGAGUCUCGGAAGAGUGCCAGAAAGCUCUAUGAACGCGCCCUAAAGCUGAGGAAGAACAACCAUCAUCUCUUCACCACAACCAUUAACUUAAACAACAUGAACGAUGGUUGGUUCGGCGCACUGAAGGAAAUCAUCCAGCAGCAGCAAAACCAGCUGGUGUGGGUUUCAGAAGGCAAGGCUGAUGGCGCAGCAGAGGAUGGUCUUGAUAUCCAUGAUGACCGUCUGUCCUACCUGUCGGCACCAGGCAGUGAGUAUUCCAUGUACAGCACCGACAGCCGCCACACCUCUGACUACGAGGACACGGACACGGAGGGCGGAGCCUACACUGACCAGGAGCUGGACGAAACACUGAACGAUGAUGUGGGCCCACCUGCGGAGCCUGCCAUUACCCGUUCGUCUGAGCCCGUCCGCGAGGACCCGCCUGUCAUCCAGGAGCCACAUGGCUACACCGGCUACCCACACGCGUUGCAGCCGGACCCGCUGAAUCGCAUCGACCCGGCUGGUUUCAAAGCAGCGGCGCCUCAGCAGAAAGCAGAAGCCACUGCCAUCCCUAGCAACCCUCAGCAGCCUGAGCCCCUGGCUGAGACAGUGACCCCUGCUGUAAAAACUGUAGGGGGCCCGAGCCCCACCGAGGCUCCUGGAGCUCUCCGCAGCCAGCCAAGCCCCAACCCAGAGGCUGGCUCAAUAAAGAGGCCCCCGCCUGAGCUAGCCCCUCAGAGUGUCACGUCCGAACCCCGACAAUCUGGACCGGCCAGUUCAGAACCAAAGAUGUUUCAAAAAGAUCCAUACAGUCCGGAUGACAUAGGCAGACCUGGUCCUGGAAUAAAACCUGGGAAUUACAACCCUCAACAGGGAUAUCACCCUGACCAGCAGCCAUACAGAGAUUAUGACCACCCACCCAAUCGGUAUGAUGUCAACAGUGGAGGCGGUUAUCUAGAACCAAAGUACCGAAAUUAUGACUCUCAGCCGCCCUUUGAGAACAGCGUGCCUCACUAUGACCAGCAACAGUGGAGCCCCUACAGUCAGACGCACCCUACUGCCAACUCCCAGGGUUACAAUCCGCGUCUGCCAUACAGCGAUGGCCUCGACUCGCAGUACACCCCUCCACUCCGCUAUGAUGAGCCUCCACCUCAGCCGGGAUUUGACGGACGACCUCGCUAUGGCAAACCCACAGUGUCAGGAUCUGCCCGCUACGAUGAACCUCCACCCCUUUCUCCCCGUCAUGACCUGCACUACAACCAGGAUUCUCAGCAGACGUCAUACCCUUCAGCUAUUCGUUCCCCCAGUGGCCAGCGGCCGGCCUACAACCAGGGACCAACGCAGCAACUAAAAGGAUACAGACCUCAGCAGUAUGACCCUGCUCCUGUAAACUCUGACAACAGCCCCCCGCACACUUCCAAAUCAGAGGUCACCUCACCUUCUCCUCGAAAUGUUCCGAAGCCUGACACUGCCAGAAACGAGGAUGACCCCGCCAUGCGACAGCAGUCGGUCCUGACGAGGGUCAAGAUGUUUGAAAACAAACGCUCGGUGUCCGUGGACCGAGCCAAAGAAGGGGGGGAUUUAUCUGGGAACAGGGCAACAGAUUUACCUUUGAAGCCCGGGGGAAUCAUCCCAAAAGCUAAUUCUUUGAGCAACCUGGACUCAGACAAGAGCUAUAAUAAAGUCCCAGAGCCUCAGAAGCCUCAGGCCAAAGUGGCUGAUGAUAUUGUUCGUUCAAACCAUUACGACCCAGAUGAGGAUGAGGACUACUACAGGAAGCAGCUGUCUUACUUUGACAGGCUACAGACUGGCCCCACAAAACCCCAAGCUCAAGCACAAACAACACACAACAUCUCCAGCAGAACUGAAUCAGUGGAGAAACCAAGGCCAGCAGAGAAAAGAUAUGAACCAGUGCCCCAACUGACACCCUCAAUGCCACCAGCCACACUGCCCAAGCCCUCAAAUGAAGCUAAGCCUCCUGCCAGAGACGACACUCACCAGAGCAACUUCCUGCCUCACAAACCUUUUCCAGAGAAGUCUCCAGUUAAUGGCACCAGUGAACAGCCUCUCAAAACAUUCACCAGCACCGGGGCUCCACCAGCAACGAGCUAUAACCACUACCUGCCAAAACCCUACACCACCUCCGCCAGGCCAUUUGAGCGCAAGUUUGACAGUCCCAAGUUCAACCACAACCUUCUACCCAAUGACAAAGCAGAUAUGGCCACAAAGAGUCCAAGUGCCAGCCCAAUAAAGCCCACUCAAUCCCACAACAUGGACCAUGACAGCGGCCUAGAUACGUUCACGCGUACGAUGGACAAUCGCUCCAAGUACCAGCACAACAGUAUCAACGCUGUGCCCAAAGCCAUCCCAGUGAGCCCCAGUGCACUGGACGAUGACGAAGAAGAAGAUGAGGGCCACACAGUGGUUGCAACGGCUCGAGGCAUCUUCAACAGCAACGGUGGAGUCCUGAGCUCCAUUGAGACGGGCGUCAGCAUUAUCAUUCCUCAGGGCGCCAUCCCUGAAGGCGUGGAGCAGGAGAUCUACUUCAAGGUCUGCCGAGAUAAUAGCAUCCUGCCUCCACUUGACAAGGACAAAGGGGAGACUCUGCUCAGCCCUCUGGUGAUGUGUGGACCUCAUGGCCUCAAGUUUUUGAAGCCUGUGGAGCUGCGCUUACCUCACUGUGCGUCAAUGACCCCUGAUGGUUGGUCUUUUGCUCUAAAAUCCUCCGACUCCUCGUCGGGUGAGCCAAAAAGCUGGCAGAACAAGACCCUCCCCGGCGACCCCAACUACAUGGUGGGAGCCAACUGCGUUUCAGUUCUCAUCGACCACUUUUAAGCCGGGGCCAGCAGGUGUGAUGUUACAGAGUGUGUGUCCAUGGCAGAUGAGAACACACACACACACACUGUAGAAGAAGAUCCAGUCAGUGUUCUGUCACCUUUGGAUGAAGGCGAGGCACUGAAGACGUCAACAUGUUCUCCCAGAAGGAAGUGAGAAGAUAACAUUGCUGCAUGCUCCCCUCCCUCCUAAGGGUUGGCGAUAUACAAUAUAUACAUAUUUAUGUACUACAGUAGUAUGAUUAUAAACACACUUUCACAUGAGCGGAUGCUUUUCCAAUUGGCGCCACCAGCGAACAUAUUGUCCAAAGCACUGUACACAAUCUAUACAUGAUACAGUUGCUAUAGCAGCCAGCAUUCUCAACCUCCCGCUAUUCUUCAGUUCUGGUGACUGAACAUGAAUAUAAAUAUAAAUAUAUAUAUAUAAAUAUAUAUAUCCACACUCUUCCACGUUUGAAGGAAUUUGAUAUGAAGGUUUCCGAUUAUUCUUCCUACUUUUUCGCCUUUUUUCCCCAGCAACGUCUUUGUAGCUCGAGUUCUUGUCCCUUCUCCCAUCCUGAGGGAGAUCUAUGCAUGUUCUUCUACUCAGGUCCGGCAACCUCCCCCUCCCAUUUUUGAUUCCGUGCACUCUCGCAUUGACACACAAGAAGCAGUGAUGCCUUAUCUGCCAACAUUUCUUUUCCACCAAGAAAACAAUAAUUCAUGACGAAUAACUGUCCGCUGUCAUGUUUUUUUCUUGUCAUUAACUGGGCACACGGUAACAAGAGGAUGUUCCUAUGCAUUACUACAUUCAAACGACCGCAGAAGAAGAGUGGCUGUAAAUAGAGCGAGCAUAUUGCCUUGGUUCUUUUCUUUGUAAAUGAACUUUUUCGUAAGCCUUUCUUUUGUAUAGCGAAAGCGUGUUUUAAAAAGUGGAACAUGGAAACAUGCUUAUCUUUGUAUUCUGAAUAUUAACUCCCGAGCCUUGGAACGUUCAACCUGACAACACACCACACCUUUUCUACCAACAUUGUUCAACUUGGUUACUGUCUUUUUAUGCUUACUGGAGGAUUAGUCAAGUACAUUUAAAACGGUGUUCUUUUACUCCCAGAGAUGUUGCCCCCUCACUGACGUGUGAUACUGAAUGCUGUAUUGUGUGCCCUUUAAUGUAUUUUUGUACUAAACAACCAUCAUUGACGUAUGGCACACCAGAACCAUCUUAUUUUGUAGACUUAACACAGCUUUAAUUGGUUAUUAGCUCUUCACGUGUGGCUGAUUGCUUUUGUUCCUUCUCCAACACAAUUUUACGCAUACCACUGUAUUAAUAAACAUUUUUUUA